AUGACAGAUGCGUUGAUCCACUGCAAUUAUACAGCGGCUGUUGCGAAGAUUGAGAAUCGUUAUUACAACGAUAACAGACGACAAAUUCGUCUUUCAGCUUCCGCUGAAGAACGUGAUGAUGAAUAUCUUGGUCUUCCUCCUAUUGCUGCUAAUGAACCUAUUCUUUGUCUCAUUUGGGAACAAGUCGCUAUUUUGCUCUCUGGUUGUUCUAUUGAAGAACAUUCUGAUGCUGCAGCUUCAUUGGUUUCAUUAGCACGUGACGAUGAUCGUUAUGGUAAACUAAUUCUCGAAGAAGGUGGUGUUCCUCCUCUUCUUAAACUUCUUAAAGAAGGUAGAUUGGAUGGUCAGGAAAACGCUGCUAGAGCUAUUGGAUUACUUGGUAAAGACCCUGAAAGCGUUGAACACGUUGUUAAUUGUGGUGUUUGUUCUGGUUUUGCUAAAGUUCUUAAAGAAGGUCACAUGAAAGUUCAAAUUGUUGUCGCUUGGGCUAUUUCAGAACUUGCUGCUCAUCACCCUAAAUGUCAAGAUCAUUUUGCACAAAACAAUGCUAUUCGUUUACUUGUUAGCCAUCUUGCUUUUGAAACCAUUCAAGAACAUAGUAAGUACACUAUUCCAAAUAAACAAAACAUGUCUUCUAUUCAUUCUAUUUUAAUGGCUACUAACAACGACAACAACAACAAUAGUCUUCUUGAUAGUAACAACAACAAAGGUAUUCAUGAAGAUGAUUAUAAUAUUAAUAACAAGGUUGCUGUUGCUCAUCCUGGUAGUCAAACAUCUUCACAAAUGCAUAAUGUCAUUGCUAACAAACUUGCUAUUAAGGGAAAUAAUAAGGAUUCUAAAGAAGACAACAAUGCAAUUGUAAAGCACAACAACAAUAAUGUGAAUUCGAAUUCCCAUACCGCAAAUGUAUCCAUAGCUGGGACAAGUAUCAAAGGUAGAGAAUAUGAAGAUUCUGGUACAAAGGCACAAAUGAAAGCAAUGGCUGCUAGAGCUUUGUGGCAAUUAUGUAGAGGAAAUGUUACUAUUUGUCAUACGAUUACAGAAUCAACAGCUCUUUUAUGCUUUGCGGAGAGCUUUUGGUGCAUCAUCAUUUCCAACAAGGGUACUCAUGAUGUACAACAUUAUUCAGCAAUGGCUUUAAUGGAAAUAACAUCUGUAGCUGAAGAACAUGCAGAAUUGAGACGAUCAGCUUUCAAACCAACUUCACCUGCUGCAAAAGCUGUGGUGGAACAGUUUUUUAAAGUUGUCGGAAAAGGCGAUUCCGACGAUUUUCUCAUACCUUGUGUUAAAGCUGUUGGUAACUUAGCAAGGACAUUUAGAGCAACUGAAACAAGAUUCAUUGGACCAUUGGUUAAGCUUCUUGAUGAAAGAGAACCACAUAUUUCAAUGGAAGCAGCAAAUGCAUUGAUUAAAUUUGCAGAAACUGACAACUAUCUACAUGAGACUCAUUGUAAUGCUAUUAUAGAAGCAGGUGGUGCUAAGCACUUAAUUCAACUAGUUUACUUUGGAGAACAAAUGGUGCAAAUCCCUUCUUUACUUCUUUUGUGUUUUGUAUCCUUGCAUGUUCCUAAAAGUGAGACUCUUGGACAAGAGGAGGUGUUAAUAGUACUUGAAUGGUGCACAAAGCAAGGACAUUUAAUGGCUGAAUCAAGGAUUGAAGCAAUUUUACCAGAAGCCAAAAGUAGGUUGGAACUUUAUCAAUCAAGAGGUACAAGGGGAUUCCAUUGA